GUGUCUGGUUGUUUCAGGUGGGCGGCGUAGCUGUCGGGCUCAUGAGCGUGUGCUCAAGGGUGGACAUGCAGUUGUUGCAUGAAUGCUUCAAUUUGGGGCCUUUCCAUGGACUCUGUGUCCCACAUCCUGAUGAUGUUCUGCAGCCACCACAAGAGCCAAGCAGUCAAGGAAUUCAAGAUGCUGAGCUCAAGAGUAACAGCCAGGGUUCCCAGGAAAUAGUUGAGGAGCCAGAGGAACCUGUCUCUCCAGAGGCCACGGAAAACAUCCAGGUCACAGAGAAACACAGUCCAGUGUCCACGGUAGACGAGCUGGAGCCCUGUGUGAGCAGCAGAGGCUCAGCAUCCCUCUCGCUACCUGAGGAGCCGAGCCAGUUCCGCCCCAUCUACAGGGGAGCCUCAUCUGCGUUUUGUAUUCAGCUGUUUUGUGUUGAUGAGAAGUACGAAGCAAGGUCAUUGGAUUUUAUGAAGUUUGUUUUCAGUCUUUUUCCUGACAAGAACUUCUGCAUAAUUUCUGUGCCUCACCUCACCCCUGAGUUUGUCCUCAUCCAGACCUUCGUGAAGGUGGUCCCCUUCAGCAGCUGUACCCUCGAGCAGGAUCUCUACGUCUUCCAUCGGGCUGGGUUGCUCACGUCCAUUAAUAUCAGAUUAGCCAAUUGCAUGGAUACUCCUCAUGUUGAAAAUCUUGUCAGCACCAUCAUGCCGGGUAAAAACAUAUUGGAGGAUUUAGCCCAAUACAAUGAGGCUCACAGAGACCCUGAUGGAACUCCACUGCAGGUAUUUGUAGCCGAAGUUCUAAAACAAAUCGUUGGCAUUGCUGUGAUCAGAAAUGAAAUGGAUGUAGAGUACAUACGAUCCCAUUACAACAUCGAAGAUUUCAUCUACUUCAGUCACCACCAGCGCGAGGAACACUGUCGCCUGCAUCACUUUGCCCUCAACCCCAUUUUCCAGCACUACACCAAGUUCUUUCUGAAGGAGAUCCUUCGUUUAGGAUAUAAAUCCUGUCUCUACUUUCCUAUUUACCCAAAAUCCAGCGAAGGCAAGAACUCCUACACCUACUCCCUGACAUCUGCCCUUCACUACUUG